AUGAGGGCCUGGCGCGCGCUGCGGCGGGCGGUCGCCUCCUCUUCCUCCUCCUCCUCUUCCUCCUCCUCCUCUUUUCCUGCCGACGGGAAGCCUCGCAGGCGGGCAUGGGAGACGUCGCUGUCGCCGCUGGAGCGGGUGAGGCGGCUGCUGCCGCCCGAGGAAGCGGCGGCGGUGGCGCGGGGCGCGGCGGCGGCAGCGCCGCUGCCGCCUCGGGCUCCCCGCGACCAGGACGAGGAGGAGACGGCGGCGGCUGCCCCCCGUCAAGCGCUGGUUGAGGCGGCGGGUCCGCGUUCCGGGCCUUUCCGCGCCGGGGAGCUAGCGCUGGCGGAGAUGCGGAGGAAGCACAACUCGACGGUGAAGCUGCUGUGCCGGCUGGCGGCGGAGGCGGUGCUGAGCAGCCCCGGCGGCGGCCUGCCCCACCGCGACAUCAUCGGGCAGCUGCCCGGGCAGGUGCUGCGCACGUCGGACGGGAAGCGGCUGCUGCUGAGGCGGCCCUCGCUGGACGAGUACGUGCUGCUCAUGCCGCGGGGAGCCACCAUCGCCUACCCCAAGGAUAUAAGUGCUCUGUUAAUGAUGAUGGAUAUCCACCCCGGAGACACCGUGUUGGAAACUGGCAGCGGGUCUGGUGCUAUGAGCUUGUUUCUGUCAAGAGCAGUUGGGUCCAAAGGACGUGUUCUAAGUUAUGAAAUGAGAGAGGAUCAUCAUAAUUUAGCUAAGAAGAAUUACAGGCACUGGCGCUCUGCGUGGGAAAUAGGACACGUGGACGAGUGGCCAGAUAAUGUGGAGUUCAUUCUGAAAGACAUUUCAACAGCUGCUGCAGAUCUGAAAUCUGUAACACUCGAUGCAGUGGUUCUGGAUAUGCUGAACCCUCAGUGUGCUCUGCCUGUUGUACACCCAAGCCUGAAACAAGGUGGGGUGUGUGCUGUGUACUUGGCAAACAUCACACAGGUUAUUGACCUUUUAGACAGAAUACGGAGCUGGAAGCUUCCUUUUUUGUGUGAAAGGAUAAUUGAGGUAACUCACAGGAGCUGGUCAGUACUCCCUGCUAAACUCAAGCAUUACAAAUCAAGCCAAAUGGUGGAAACUCAAGAAAGUAUUGAAGAACCACCUCAAAAUGAAUACGAAGAAAUCCAUAUUCAGGAUGAAGCAGUUCUUAAGGAGAGCGAAUACAAUGAAUCACUUGGUGAUGCUGCUGAAACAAACCACUCGGUGCCUUACAUUGCCCGGCCAUCCCACUGGCAGGAAGCUCAUUCAGCGUUCCUUACCAAGCUGAGAAAGUUUCGACCACUGCUUUCUUGAUGCUGCUGCCUCCUUAGCUGCUAAUUUGAAUAUUGUAUCAGAAUGAAAUAAAACAUAACAAAGUAGAUGCUACAUUUUGCAAGUUGUGUAACUUUCAAGCAGUGACUGUUUUGAUUUCUACCUCGCAUCAAGUUUGAAACACCAACUGUUAUCCCACU